AACGGCCCCUUACGUCUUGAUAAGAUAAAAGCCAAAGUAAUAAGCGUCGUAAUUUUCCAGUAGCUGAUGAUUCUAGAAACAAACUUUUCAUGACAACAACAAUUCACCGCAUAUUGGAACAGACAGCAAGACUGCACCGUCAUUCCACACUAUCGCGUUAGUCGCAACUGAAAGCUGGGGCUACUUGGAUUGCUGCUGUAGUCGCUCAUCAUGCAUCAUCCGAGGAACAUCUUCGCCUACUACGAUCCAUCGACGAAAAUUUGGAGCGGUUUGCCGAGGAAGCCGAUCUUCAAUCCCGUCCAAAGUCUAGGUGACCUAAUAUUGCAAAUUUUGGAGCGCAAUGCCACCAAACUGAUGCAGAUCAGUGCCGAUAGUGGGGCGGAGGUCACCGGUGGUGAACUGCGUCUCCGGACGAUCCGGAUUGCCCAGAAUCUUACUCGGAUGGGAUACGGUUCUGAUUCGAAGGACAUUUUUACGAUGAUCGUUAGGAAUGGGGAGCACACUGCACCAGUGAUGUUUGCUUGCUUCGCUCUGGGGGUACCCGUCAAUACGCUGGAUCCUUCGUUUCAAAGGGAUGAUCUGAGUCACAUGUUCCAAGCGGUUCGACCGACAGUGAUCUUCUGUGAGACUGAGUCAUUGGAGGAAACGAUCGCUGCAUGUGAACUGGCUGCAAUUACCCCGCGCAUCAUUCUCAUGGGAAGUCAUGUAGAGGGGUAUGAUCAAGUGGAUCGUCUAAUGAUGGUAACGGGACAAGAGGAACUUUUCGUUCCAACUAGGAUUACGGACCCCGUUCAACACCUGGCGGUACUCAUAUGCUCCUCCGGAACAACGGGUCGCUCGAAAGCCGUUUGCCUGUCGCACUCGAUCUGCAUCGCUCACGUGGCCAACUUCUUCGAGUGCCAUCCCAGCGAUCGAGCUUUCGCCUUCAGUUCCCUGUAUUGGCUGUCCGGACUGGUUAUCCUACUGUGCGGUACGAUCCUUGGCGCAACUCGGAUCAUCACCCGUCAGACGUAUCGACCGGAGUUGGCGCUAGACUUGAUCAGGAAAUUCCGAGUCUCGGCCCUCUGCAUAACUCCUUCCCAAGCGUACGGAAUAGUUCACAGUGGGUUGGCAAAACCGGAGGACUUCACGAGUAUUCGACACGCGUUCUGCGGUGGAAGUGCCGUUUCGACAUCGCUGAAGCGAUCGUUUGAACAACUGCUCCCCGGACGGUUCCUGGAAGUUGCCUACGGGUUCUCGGAGAUUGCCUACUCGGUAUCGUUCAGCAAGGGGUAUCUCUACCGAGAUGGAUCGGUAGGGUUUCCUCGAGCCGGUACGGAGUUCAAGAUUAUCGACGACAACGGAAAUGCCCUGGAUAACGGCCAAGACGGGGAGAUUGUUGCCAGAGGCGAGUUUGCGUUUCAGGGCUAUUACGGAAUGGAUCAACCUUUCGGGGACAUGUUGGACAGUGAUGGAUGGCUUCACUCGGGAGACGUAGGGCGAUUCGAUGCGGAUGGUUACCUUUACGUGGUGGACCGGAAGAAGGAAAUGUUCAAAUACAACAACUUUCAAAUAUCGCCGACGGAGAUCGAAUGCGUGGUACAGGAAAUGGAAGGAGUGGCCGCGGUGUGCGUGGUCGGAAUUCCAGGGGAGCCGAAUGACUUGGCAACAGCACUGGUGGUCAGGAAAAACGAUUGCGCCGAAGUGAUGGAUGCAGAGCAAAUUGUUAGAAAAGUGAAUCUCCAGUUACCCGAUUAUAAGCAUCUUAGAGGAGGCGUGUAUUUUGCCAAGGAGCUCCCUUUGACUCCAUCAGGAAAAGUGUUACGUCGAAAGGUGCGGGAAAUGAUUAUGAACUUGAUGGACAAUAAAUGACUUCCAAACCCUGCUUUGGAGAAUACUAAAAUAAUCAAGUACCUAAAAUAACAUAAACUGUAAAUAUUUC